GCCUCGGGUCCACCUGCCGCCCGCUGGAGCUCCUGCGGGUCGGCGUGGCGGGAGCCUGCAGGGCCCAUGGCGGCGUCCGCAGCUCUGUCGGUGGCGGCGGCGGCGGCGGCCCUGUCGGGUCUGGCUGUACGACUGUCGCGCUCGGCCGCGGCCCGCGGCUCCUACAGCGCCUUCUGCAAGGGGCUCACGCGCACGCUGCUCACCUUCUUCGACCUGGCCUGGCGGCUGCGCAUGAACUUCCCCUACUUCUACGUGGUGGCCUCGGUGAUGUUCAACGUCCGCCUGCAGGUGCGGAUCGAGUGAGCGCGCAGGAGGGUCCAGCGCCCGCCCCAGGCGGGACAGACAGCCGGGCCCCCAGGUGUCCCGGACGCAGCGCGGAAAGCAGGCGGGGCGGCCCGGGCCCCGGGACCCUACGGCUCCGCCAGAGGACGCCGGCCACUG